AUGGCAGGUAAAAGGGAACAAGGAUGCCGAACAAUUGACCGUAAUUUCAAGGAAGGUAUUCUUCAAGCUCUCAACACGUUAAGGGAAAAAAACAACCUUUGUGAUGUUGUUUUGAGGGUCAACGGAUGCAACUUUCCAGCUCACCGUUGCGUUCUUUCUGCGAGCAGCUCUUAUUUUCAAGCUCUUUUUUCUGACGACUUUGUAGAAAAACGUAGUGGUAUCGUGAUAGUAGAUGAUCUGGGGUAUUUUCAGAUGGAACAAGUGCUACAAUUCCUUUACCUGGGUGAAGUGGAAAUCUGUUUGAAAAAUGCCGAAAAUUUGGUUAUGGCUGCUGACUACCUUCACAUUCCAGCAUUGAAAGAGAAUGCUUCGUUAGUUUUGCAAAAAUCAAUCAGUUUAUCCAACUGUCUCUCUCUGCGCGCGUUCUCCUUAAAGUACGGCUGUGCGUUGUUAAAGAAAUCGUGCGAUUGCUUUAUUAAUCAAAACUUUACUCAAGUAGCAAAAUCUGCAGCAUUUGGUGAUUUGAAUUACGAGUCAUUCAUAGAAUUACUCACACGUGACGAGCUCAAUGUUAAUAACGAAGCUGAAGUGUUUCUCUCGGCUGUUUCCUGGGUAAAACACGAUCCUCAUAUGCGGAAAGAAUUACUCCUUGAAGUCCUUAAGAAAGUGAGAUUACCUUUAAUAGCUGAAAAGCAGCUUCAUGAAAUGAUUAUGAGCGACAAAUUUCUUCGAAAUAAUUCAAUCACUUUGAACAGGUUACUUAAUAUAAACGAUGUCAGUGUGUCGGCAAGUGAGUUCAACCUUAAUCGACACUUUCAUGUUGCUCGAACUGGACCUCUUGAAACGGCAAUAAUACUUUCAGGAGGAGACAAAUCGUACUUAAAACAACGACUACAAAACAGUUUUGUGGCAUUCUUGCCCUUGCGUGACACUUGGGUAACGCUACCGGAUCUUCACCUUCCACGUCAUGGUCACGGUGCAGCAGUCUGCCAAGGUGCCCUAUAUUUGGUUGGUGGAGUUAGUGGAAAUGUUUCUGCUCAUUCUCAUGUCUGUCAGUUCAGUCUUGUUGAAAACAGAUGGAAUUGUGUUGUUGCUGACCUACCACAUCCAGUUUCAUUCAGUGCUGUUGUUUCAGUGCAAAACAAGUUGUUUAUAAUUGGUGGAAGGGAUGGUUUUGAUAAAAUAUUGGUCAAGACACAGUGCUAUGACCCACUGCAUAACCAGUGGCAUUGUGUUAAAGACAUGAACUUUCCACGUGAUAACCACUCCGCAACUGUAUUGGGUGACUCUAUCUACGUUAUUAGCGGCGACAGACAAAACUUUAGAAGCUGUGAACGCUACGAUUUAUCAUCAAACACAUGGCAUAUUUUGCCAGAUUUGACAAUGCCACGACAACAGCCAGCAGCUCAAGCAUUCAGUGGGAAAAUCAUAGUGGCUGGUGGUUCGUUUGGGGUAACUUACAGGUUGCACACCACAUGUGAGAUGUAUAACCCAAGGACAAAUGAAUGGACCCUGGUAUCUGGCCUUGCUGUGCCCCGGGCAGGGUGUUGUGUUGCAGGCACCGAAGAUCAUGUCUAUAUAUUUGGUGGGUCUAAUGGCCGCUCAGUUCUGAACACACUGGACAGUGUUGAGCGGUACAAUGUGACAGAGGACAGGUGGGAGACUGUGUCAGUCAUCCCUGAAAUUGUUAUCUCACCACAAGUAGCUGUUGUAAAGAUACCUCAGAAAUACCUAAUGUAA